CAAAAUUUAGCUUGUCCUGUCCUAUGAAGCGCGGGCAGGCGCCGAUCACCGCCUUCUUCCAGCGCAAGCAGGUGCGCCGUAUCAGCAUCGAGUCCGUCGACAGCGACAACAACAAUGACGACGUCACCACCUCUGCCUCCACUUCCACCGUUCUGCAGCUCAACGAUGCUGAAGACCCAAUAGAAGAUGCCUCAGACCAAGACGAGUCGGAGGCACAAAUCGUUAAACCCAAUGCAACCGCGCGUCGAGAAGCCCGCGAGGAUCUGACAGCGAUCCUGCAGCGCCGUGAGCUUGUGGGCUGCGGAUCAACGCGUCAGGCCAUCGGUGGAGGAGGACAGGGACUGCGACGGAGUCGGAGACGCAAGCAGCAAAUAGUGCGUUGGGCGCUCACUAACUUCCAGCGGCUGCCGAUUGAGCUGCAGCUGGCCCCACAUUGGGAGCGACAGGCGGGCGCAAUGAGCAUCGAGUCCUUCUACACUAGUUGCCUCGAGUUCGACGCCCAAGGGGUUCUGUUGGCGGCAGGAGCGUCCAAUGGGAUCAUCGCACUCUACGACUUCGACGACGUCUUUCACCGCAGUUUGAAUCUCGGACAGAAAAUGCACAACAAACGCGUGAAGGAGACAGAGGAUGAAGAAGAACAGAAGAUGAAGGAUGAGGUUCUGCAUCCGAUCCACACGAUAUUUACUCCGUUUGAAGUCAAGCGUAUCCGCUGGAAUCCGCUGAAUGAGGACGAGAUUGCGUGCUCGUUUACGAAUCGCAAUGAAAUCUACGUGUUCGAUUUACGCAAAUUCCCGAGUAAACCCCACAAAGUGUUGAAGAGCUCCAAUCAACCUUCCAGCGGAUACAAUGAUCUGUUGUAUCUACCUGCAGCGCAGUCAACAGUGCCAAUUUCACGACAACUGAAGGCGAAGUCGACAUCAAACGCGGUGAACAUCAUUGCAGGCGAUAUGGAUGGAGCUAUUCGUAUGUGGGACACGCGCUUCCCAUUGCGACCAGUGUGGAGCUUUCUUGCAGGGUCGGUGCCGAUUAACGCAUUGCUGUUGUCUCCAAACAAGCAGUUUCUCAUCUGCGGCAACGAAGCUGGAAUCCUCAUGACCUACGAUAUUCAGCACAAAGUUGUUCCAGCGUUUGGAUCCAAGCCUGUACCUCAGCGAAAGGCAUCAUUUAACGUAAUGGAGGUGAUCAAACCAUACUUGUCGCCUGUAUUGAUUGAGUCUGUGCUCCUCUCCAGCCGAUAUGGAUCUCCUGGCAUUAUGUCGAUGCGCCUGAUGCCACAGUCGGAAACACAAGUGCUGUGCCAGUUGCGUAACGAUUGGGUAGUGGUCAUCGACUACCUCUAUGGCUCUGUUGUGAAGCUGCACACGUUCAUUCGAGGAUUAACGCCAAGAGAAAAAGCGAAGGCAGAUCCGUCUCCGUCUGUUCUCUCAAUGGCUUCAGAAAGCGAGUACCAACGGGACUUCUUGCCUCGGUCGCUCCGUAACUCGUGGCUUUCUUGCCACCGUUGCGCGGGCACCUUGUUGUUUGACGAUUCUAUCAUGUGCACGGGGAUCCACGAUGUUACGAGUUUGAACGUGAUCGAUUUACAUCAAUUACGGCGUAUGGAGGUUUCCAAACCCACCAAGAAAGACGAUGCUAACGAGGUGGACACAGCAAAACCCGACAAACCUGGACUACCAGUGGUCGAGCGACUCGAUCGGUUCCGAAUCCCUAUGGACAGCAUUAUUACUGCUGUGGUUGCUCAUCCGAAUCAACACGCAGUACUGUGUGGCGGCGAAAAUAUGAGAUUAAAGGUUAUGGGGGUAAUGGGUCAACGCAGGGAAUGGUCAUAAAAGUUAAACGAAGCAUGAAUGUGCCACAAAGCUGCGAGUAAGAUACACAAAUUUUGUGGUUUAAUGAAACGCGGGUGGAACUUUGUACUUGCCCCUGCUUACUGUACUCACAGGAAUGCUUAUGUUAAUCUACUAUUUACUACCCGAGCUAUGCGGUGGUAAUAUAUGUU